UAACGUGUUGCAAUCAGACUUUAGCCUUUAAUCAUAUAUGGUAACAUGGCAAACAAGCCAUUGAGUCAUUGCCACCAGCUCAGACCGCCCCUCCAUAUUACUUCAAUGCACACCAGUGCAACAUAUUUGGAUUAAUCCAUUUAACUGUGACCAUGAUAGAAGACAAUGAAUCCAGCACAAUGAAGAUCUUGGAUAUUGAUGACGACAUGUAUGUCAAGCCCAGAACAAGACAUGGCUUUCAAUAUUCAGUACAUUUUCAGUGGUGGAAGAGAUCAUUCGGAGUUCCUGCACUGUGUCUUGGAUUGCUGUGUAUUCUCCUACUGGCUGGGAUCAUAGGCAUGGGUAUCAGCUUCACUGGUCAACAUUACUGUGAUGAAAGUGACCAGCUACAAACCAGUAAUAACAACCUGAUUAAAGUGAGAGACCGGCUACCGUCCAGUUGUAGCACCCUGGCUAAAGAGAGAGACCAGCUACCGUCCAGUUGUAGCACCCUGGCUAAUGAGAGAGACCAGCUACAGACCAGUUAUAACAACCUGACUAAAGUGAUAGACCAGCUACAGACCAGUAAUAACAACCUGGCUAAAGAGAUAGACCAGCUACAGACCAGUUAUAACAACCUGACUAAAGUGAUAGACCAGCUACAGACCAGUAAUAAUAUACUGACUAAAGUGAGAGACCAGCUACAGACCAGUAAUAAUAUACUGACUAAAGAGAGAGACCACCAUCAGAGGGAGAGAGAAAAGCUGAAGGUCAAAGGAAAUUUGGCGUUGAAUGGAGUGGCCACUCAGUCAUCACUGUAUAACAAUCGCGACGCUUCCGAUGCCAUUGAUGGGAAAAGAAACACAAACUAUGGAUCCUGCACCCACACUCUGAAAGACAGAAACCCGUGGUGGAGAGUGGACCUGCUGAAUGUGUACAGAAUAACAGAUGUCACCCUCACCAACAGAGGAGACUGCUGUCCUGAGAGGCUUGAUGGUGCUGAGAUCCGCAUCGGUAACUCAUUGGAGAACAACGGCAUCAACAACCCCAGAUGUGCCGUCAUCUCCCACAUUCCAGCAGGAGAAGCCCACACCUUCCAGUGCAAUGAGAUGGAGGGUCGCUACGUUGUUGUGGUCAUCCCUGGCAGGUCAGAAUGGCUCACUCUGUGUGAGUUGGAAGUUCAUGGUACUCCUGCAGGAAAUUUGGCGUUGAAUGGAGUGGCCACUCAGUCAUCACUGUAUAACAAUCGGAACGCUUCCGAUGCCAUUGAUGGGAAAAGAAACACAAACUAUGGAUCCUGCACCCACACUCUGAAAGACAGAAACCCGUGGUGGAGAGUGGACCUGCUGAAUGUGUACAGAAUAACAGAUGUCACCCUCACCAACAGAGGAGACUGCUGUCCUGAGAGGCUUGAUGGUGCUGAGAUCCGCAUCGGUAACUCAUUGGAGAACAACGGCAUCAACAACCCCAGAUGUGCCGUCAUCUCCCACAUCCCAGCAGGAGAAGCCCACACCUUCCAGUGCAAUGAGAUGGAGGGUCGCUACGUUGUUGUGGUCAUCCCUGGCAGGUCAGAAUGGCUCACUCUGUGUGAGUUGGAAGUUCAUGGUACUCCUGCAGGGAGACCCUGUCCUGAAGGAUGGAAGACAUCUGUCUCCAGCUGUUACUACACCACCACCAUGAUUAAAACCUGGGAGGAGAGCAGAAAGGACUGCAACGAAAGAGGAGCACACCUGGUGAUCAUAAACAGCAGAGAGGAACAGACAUUUAUCAAUGGGUUAUACGGACCUGGGAAUGAGACCUGGAUCGGUCUGACGAACGUUGACACUGAGGGGACCUGGAAAUGGGUGGACGGCACACCACUGACCACAGCGUAUUGGAAGACUGGAAAGCCUAGCAGCUAUUUAGGGGCAAACCAGGACUGUGUGGAGUUUUUCCACCGUUCAUCAGACCUAGGGGAGUGGAACGACGAGGAAUGUCACAAGCCAAACAACUGGAUCUGUGAGAUUUUUUAAUUCUCAUACUCUCUGCUCUGCUAACUACAUGUAACUGCCAAGAAAAGGAAACAUUUCAGUAAAUGAGGGUGGAUCUGGCGGCUCUGUUAUGGUGUGGGGUGCAUUUUCCUGGCAUGAUUUAGGUCCACUCAACCACUUAGAGGGAAAGGUAAACACCAAUAAAUACACAGCCAUUCUGAGUGACCACCUUCAACCUAUGGUGAAUCAUUUAUAUCCUGAUGGGAGUGGUCUCUUCCAGGAUGACAACGCCCCCAUCCACAGGGAACGAGUGGUCACUGAAUGGUUUGAUGAGUGUGAAAAUCAUGUAAACUAUAUGCCAUGGCCGUCUCAGUCACCAGAUCUCAACCCAAUAGAACACACAUGGGAGAUUCUAGAGCGGUGCCUGAGACAGCGUUUUCCACUUUUCUCCUGAAAGAAUGGUGUUCGCAUCCCUCCAAUAGAGUUCCAGACACUUGUAGAAUCUAUGACAAGGGGCAGUGAAGCUGUUCUGGCGGCUGGUGGUGGCCUAACGUCCUAUUAACACAAUUUCUGUGGGUGUUUCCUUUAUUUUGGAAGUUAACUGUAUGUUGAUAAUGGUCUGAGUAUUGCUGAUAUAUUCUGGUAGAACGCUACUCUGAAUUACAUUUCUGUGAGAAAGGCACACACACACGCACACACAAAUCAUGUUCAGAUUUCAUAAAAUGAGGUGUAUAAUAUCAUUGAAUAUCUGCUGUAAAUCAAUUUUAAUUUUUACAUGAUUUGUAUGGUAAAUUCUAUACAAUAUGUCUGCUACUUGUGCUUUCAUCAUGCUCAAUAUAAACAACGUGUACUUCCUGCUUAUUCAGUAAAUCAUUGAACCUAGAUUAAAGACAUAUCCUUGUUGAAUA